AUGACGUCCUCUAAUAACAGCGCUGCCAGAACACCAAUGACAUCGCAUCCCACACAUACUAGAGAAUCAUUUGAGGAGAAGUAUGAGGAACAGAAUUGUCUUGGCCAAGGGGGCUACGGGUCAGUCUACGCUGGGUUCCGUAGAGAUGACAACUUGCCUACUCUGGAUGGGAAGCUGUGCCAGUUCCCCCUGGAGGUGGUGCUAUUGCUGAUUGUGGGACAGGGUGGGGAGGUCAUAGGUGAGCAGGUCAGGCAUGAGGCCAGCACUGGACGAGGAGGGGGAAGUCAGGCAGCGGUUGCGCUCCUGGACUGGUAUGAGCUGGACCAGGAGCUGAUCAUGGUUCUGGAGAGGCCUGUACCCGCUGUCGACUUGUUUGACUACAUCCAGGAGAGAGGAGGAUUUCUCGCAGAGGAUCAAGCCAAGGUCAUUCUGAGGCAGCUGGUUGAAGCCUUGAUAGUAUUUCACUCCAGAGGUGUUGUCCACCGAGACAUUAAACCAGAGAACAUUCUGGUUGAGACCGGUUGUGCUUUUCCACAAAUUAGAGUUAUAGACUUCGGCUGUGGCUGCCUUUUGAAAGACGGAUCCUACACAGAGUUCUUUGGUACCACUCAGUAUAUCCCUCCCGAAUGGUACCUCCAUGGUUCCUACAAGGCUGUUCCAUCCACCAUCUGGCAGCUGGGGGUCCUGCUGUAUGACAUGGUGUCUGGGGUAUUCCCCUUCAGCACACGCAGGGAGGUCAUCAGUGAUGAGCCCUACAUCAAGACCAAUAUGUCCAGGCAAUAUAAGGACCUGCUGAGGAGGUGUUUGGCAAAGCGCCCCAAAGGACGGCCCACUCUGGAGGGAAUUCUGCUCCACCCAUGGCUGCAGUAA